AUGAGGAGGAGGCGCCCAGCGAAGAGCGCAAAGCUGGCUGUGGCAGAGCGUGGCUGGAAGGGUAAAGAGAAGGAGGGUGAAGACGAGGUUCUGGAACAGGACCUGGGCGACAAUCAAGAGGUCGUGGGGGAGGAGGAGGAGGACAACCCCUUCCUCUCGGACGAUGAGGAUGUGGAGGAGGUGUUCCACAUUGACAAGCCGCGAGCGUGGAGCUCUCAGCGCGCUCCACUCGAUGGACAUGAUGGGCUGGCGGUGGUGGUUGAAGUGCGCUAUGAACGCGCUCCUUCCCCACUGCAACCUCUCACCACCACUCACAUGAUCUGGUUAUCCGCGCAGGAGGUAGCAAGAGUGGAGCUCUCAUGCGCGCUCCACUCGAUGGACAUGAUGGGCUGGCGCGCAGGAGGUAGCGAGCGUGGAGCUCUCAUGCGGGAUCCACUCAAUGGACGUGAUUGGCUGGCGGUGGUGGUUGAAGUGCGCUAUGAAUGUGCCCCUUCCCCACUACACUCUCCCACCACCACUCACGUGAUCUGGUUGUCGCCACAGGAGGUAGCGAGUGUGGAUAUCUCAUGCGGGCUCUACUCAAUGGACGUGAUGGGCUGGCGGUGGUGGUUGAAGUGCGCUAUGAAGGCGCCGCCCUCCUUGCCCGCCCCCGCCUCCCGCAGCAAGCGCAGAUCCCAGAUGCGGAAGGAGCCGUCAUCACACCCCGAUACCACCAUGCAGCUUGCCAGUCUGGGACGUGGGGAGAGAGGGGGCACAGGGGGAGACGGAGAGGAGGGGGGCAAAAUGCGCGAGCAAGGGCGGCGAGAGGGGCGCAGGUCCCAGAUGCGGAAGGACCCGUCGUCACACCCCAAUGCCACCAUGCAGCUCGCGAAUCUGAGAAAAGGGGAGAGAGGAGGGGGGCGCGGAGCGGUGGAGUAG